AUGUUAGAUUAAAUCGAUGAAUCCAUUGAUAUGUCAGCAAAGGUGAAAUCUAUCAAAUCAUCAAGUAUAAUUUGAUCUUAUUCAGAUCGAAGUCCUGAAUAAAAGGUUAGUUUACUCAAACUUAGAAAAAACUCAAAAAGUUUUGGAAAUUGCACCACUGAAAAAAUAAUUACAAUAUAUUGGUAUGAUUAAGAACAUGAUUAAACUUAUGAAUUUUCACAAAGUUUCAGCGAUAUCUUGUCUUUAGGUGAUAUUUGUAAUUGGGGUAUUCUGAAAUUAAAAGACAUGAAUUUACCAAAAAUUGAUAAUGAAUAAACCAAAUUGUAUUUACCAAAAAAGAAGUAAGGUAAACCUAAUGAAGAUUUUCCAUGUAUCUUUUUAAUAAAUUUUUAGCAUUCAGAAAUGAACUUUAACUAAAAGAUUGUGAUCAAACCAAAUUUUCCAUUAAAGUUUUCUUUUAAGCAAGAGAAGUUACACCUCCUUAAAGAAUUUAACCUCGCUCAUCAUAUAGUAAUUCUCUAAAUAAAGAAAAACGAAUCUCUAUUAUUGAAUAAAAAAAAAGUAAAAACAAAACUAGUUUCUUUUGUUUUUGCAAUAAUGUUGAAUGA